AUGUCUAAAAGAAACAGUUUAGUGAUGCUGCGACCGCGGACCAUGUCGCUGGGGAAGAAAGCCGAGGCGGUGAAGGUGGUGGUCCGGUGCCGCCCUGUAAACAAGAAAGAGGAGGCGAUGAGUCAGGAGAGGAUAGUGGAUGUGGAUGUAAAACUGGGACAGGUAACCGUGAGGAAUCCAAAAGCUACCGCAAGCCUCAACAAGACAUUCACGUUUGAUGCUGUUUAUGAUAUGUUUUCAAAACAAAAUGACUUGUACGAUUACACCUGCAAGCCUCUUAUUGACUCUGUAUUACAAGGUUUUAAUGGAACUAUAUUUGCUUAUGGGCAAACUGGCACUGGGAAGACAUACACCAUGCAAGGUCUGCCCAUGGACCCUGAGAAACGAGGAGUCAUACCAAAUUCUUUUCAUCAGAUCUUCACCCAAAUUUCUAGAUCUCAGAACCAGCAGUACUUGGUGAGGGUAUCUUAUCUGGAAAUAUAUCAAGAUGAAGUCAGGGACCUCCUUUACAAGGACAACAACAAAAAACUGUGUUUAAAGGAGAAUCCAGACUUGGGUGUAUAUGUCAAAGACCUGUCAUCUGUUGUGACCAAAAACAUCAAAGAAAUUGAACAUGUGAUGAACCUGGGAAAUCAGUCCAGAUCUGUCGGAUUUACCAAAAUGAAUGAGCACAGCUCACGAUCCCAUGCUAUUUUUAUUAUAACCAUAGAAUGCAGCGAGAUGGGCGUUGAUGGUGAGGAGCACAUUCGGGUAGGCAAGUUAAACAUGGUAGACCUAGCUGGCAGCGAACGCCAAAGCAAGACAGGUGCUCAGGGUCAAAGAUUUAAAGAAGCUGCCAAAAUCAACCUGUCCCUUAGUGCUCUUGGAAACGUGAUAUCAGCUCUGGUGGAUGGCAAAAACUCACACGUUCCCUACAGAGAUUCCAAACUUACUCGCCUGUUGCAGGAUUCUUUAGGAGGAAAUGCAAAAACAGUCAUAGUGGCCACAAUUGGACCCACAUCAUGCCACUAUGAGGAGACUCUCGCCACCUUAAGAUUUGCAAACAGAGCAAAGAACAUUAAGAACAGGCCAAAGAUCAAUGAGGACCCCAAAGAUGCUUUGCUCCGCGAGUUCCAGGAAGAGAUCGCUCGUCUGAGGUCACAGCUGGAGGAGCGAGGGAUGCUGGCAAAGGAAAGGAGGAAACGGAGAAAUAGUGUAAGGAUGAAGAGAAGCAUGAGCAGCGGGGAGGUGGAGACACCCAAAAAACAAGAGGUGGACAUUGUGGAGAUGGUGCAGGAAGAGAGAGUAGAAGAAUACUGGUGGAAGCAGCAGAUGGUCGAAAGUGUUGCCAGUGACAGCCCGGUGUUUAGAAGGAAGUUAGGAAUCUUGGAUGAAAAAUCACAGACUAUAGAGGAGUUAAUGAAGGAACAACAGACCAUUGGAAACAUGAUUGAGAAAUACAGGGCCUUGGAAAGUAAGCUUCUGACUGGAGGGAAAAACAUUGUUGACCACACCAAUGAACAACAAAAGAUGUUAGAGCUAAAGAGACAGGAGAUUGCAGAGCAGGAAAGACAGGAAUGGGAAAUGCAGCAGAUGAUGUUUGAGCAGGACGAGGAAACUAUAGAACUGAAGGAGACCUAUUCCAGUUUACAACAGGAGGUGGAGCUCAAAACCAAAAAGCUGAAGAAGCUGUACAGCAAACUACAGUUGGUGAGAGCUGAAAUGGCCGAUAUUAUUGAUGAACAUGUAACGACAAGACAGGAGCUGGAACAGACCCUGAAUGAGCUGACAAGAGAGAUGAAAUUCAAAAAUCUUAUCAUUGACAAUUUUAUUCCUCCUGAGGAAAAAAACAAGAUUAUAAACCGCCUCCACUUUGACCAUGAGGAGGACCAGUGGAAAGUCUUACCCCUCAUUCCUAUUGAAAGCAACUCCCCUCUUGUCAGACGAAGGCCACAAUCUGCAGUCGGAUACAAAAGACCAAUAAGUCAAUAUGCACAGGUUGCUGUAGCAACAGGAGCACCCACCAGAUACAGGGCAGAAAAUGUCAUGCUUUUGGAGCUGGAUUUGUCUCCACCAACUAUGGUGCCACUGGAUCUACAAGGAGCAGAGAUGAGGUCAAGAGACCUGCUACGUAAUUUCAGCCAGCACAGGCGAACAUCAACAGCAUCACGUGUCAUGCGGGCCAGAUCAUGGUAUCAAGGACCAAGUAUGCCACCUCCAUCAACCAGCUUUUUGGCCUCUGGGGCUCAGGGCCAAUCUUCUGCCAUGGGGGCAUGUGCCACCAUGCUCCUACCAUGAAGUGUAUUAAUUGUGGUGUUUUGCCAUGUUGAGUUCUGUGAAAAUAUUUGCACCCUGUAUGUGUAUUACUUUAUCGCAAGACCAAUUUGCCUUUAUGUGCUGCACAAUUCUUUUGUAUUAGAGCUUUCAAUGAACAAAUGUAAGCACAGUUUUUUCUUGAAUAUCCAAACUGUUGGUGUAAAUGUGUAUUAUAUAGUUCUGUCAUCUCAUACUUGAAUACAUUCAGUGGCAACAGUAAAAUAAGAUGUUGCAUGAGAAACAAGUGAUCUGUUUAGGUCACACCCAUUUCUAACAGGUGUAUAAAAUCAGUUAUCUAAAGUAUAUGCUUUCAGCUCUGUGGCAACAGUUUGGGUAAGACAUUUUUUUUUUCAAUUCCAGCAUGACCUUGUGUACAAAUCAAGGUUCUUAAAUACACUGUUUGACAAAUUUGAUGUCAUCAUCUUCAAUGGCCUGCACAACAUCCUGACCUUAACGCAGGUGUACACUUCUGGAAUAAAUUAGAGUGUUGAGAGUCAA